CAUUGCGACGGUGGCGAUGAAGGUGGCGGUGGCCGGGUGCUGCCACGGCGCCCUGGACAAGAUGUACGAGACGCUGGAGCUGCUGCAGCGGCGCCACAACGUGCGGCCCGACUUGCUGCUCUGCUGCGGGGACUUCCAGGCCGUGCGCAACGAGGCAGACCUGCGGUGCAUGGCCGUGCCGGCCAAGUACCGGCACAUGCAGACCUUCUACCGGUACUACUCGGGCGAGAAGAAAGCCCCGGUGCUCACGGUGUUCAUCGGCGGCAACCACGAGGCUUCCAACCACCUGCAGGAGCUGCCCUACGGCGGGUGGGUCGCGCCCAACAUCUACUACUUGGGUUACGCGGGCGUGGUGCGGUUCCGCGGCGUGAGGAUCGGCGGCAUCUCGGGCAUCUUCAAGUCUCACGACUACCGGAAAGGACACUUUGAGUGCCCACCAUACAACCAGCAGACCAUUAGAAGUGCUUACCAUGUGAGGAAUAUUGAAGUCUUCAAACUCAAACAGCUAAAGCGUCCCAUCGAUAUAUUUAUGUCACAUGACUGGCCAAGGAGCAUCUAUCACUAUGGAAACAAGAAACAGCUCCUCAAAAUGAAAUCCUUCUUCCGUCAAGAAGUGGAGAGCAACACAUUGGGAAGCCCUGCUGCUUCAGAGCUUCUGCAGCACCUGAAACCCACCUACUGGUUCUCAGCACAUCUACACGUUAAAUUUGCAGCUUUCAUGCAACACGAGACAAACUCCAAAGAAGAGUUACCAAAAGCAACCAAGUUCCUGGCUCUGGAUAAAUGCUUGCCCCACAGAGACUUCCUGCAGAUAAUAGACGUGGAACAUGAUCCCAAUGCAGGCGACUCACUGGAGUAUGAUGCUGAGUGGAUUGCAGUCCUCAAGGCCACCAACAGUCUUGUUAAUGUGACCCAGAGCUCCUGGAAUGUGCCUGAAAAGAAUGGCCUCUAUGCCAAGUGGGAUUACAGUGUGACAGAAGAAGCCAUUAAAGAGGUGUUAGAAGAGCUGAACAAUGACCUCAAAAUUCCUUGCAACUUCACACUGACAGCUGCUUGUUACGAUCCCAGCAAGCCCCAAAAAAACAUGGAGCCAGUUCAUACCAUCAAUCCACAGACCACUGAGUUCUGUGCCCAGUUUGGCCUCACUGACAUAAAUGACAGGAUCCAGCAGGCUAAAGAAGAGAGCUCAGGACGAGGUGAAUGUGAAGAGGAGGACGAAGAGGAGAUGGACAGUACUGGGUCAGCAGAGGAACCCAGUGAAUACAAUACAGAUAAUUCUGGCCUGUCAUGCUUUAAUCCAGAUGAAAUAAUGCUGGAUGAAGAAGGUGGUGAUGAAGACUUGAGUACAUGCUCUGUAGAUCCCUCCCCUGAUCACCCUCCUGAGUUCUCUACGAGCUUCUCUGACAUCCGGAUCAUGCCAGACUCCAUGGCGGUGUCCUCUGAUGAUGCCAUGGACUCCAACAACGAGGAGCUGGAGAAGUCUGGUGGGAGCAAGCAGGUAGAGGAAAAGAGCUCCACUGAGAGGUCAUUAAAGCGCAUCGGUGGUGAUGAAAAUGGGAACGGUGGUGUUAAAAAAAUCAGGAGAAGGAACCAAGCUAUCUAUGCUGCAGAGGAUGAAGAUAAAACAGAUUAAUACUUCACAGGGUGUGUAGCUAAGUUCUCUUCCAGCCUUUCUGUGGGAAUGUGGUGAGAAUUUUAGUGGACUGUGCGUGCUUUUAAUGUCACAUGAUCUUAGUCAUGUUACUUUCUCAAGCUCAGAGACUGGAUGUACUUCUCACAGGGAAGGUGAUUUAGAAUAGACAUCAAAGGAAGAAGCUGAGACUUUUUCAACAAAGAACUUUGUCAAAGGAUGUAAAGCUCAUAUAUCCUUGAUUUUGUUUCAGUUCUUGGUGUAUGGUGUAUACUCCAUAUCUUCAGCUGAACAAGACUCACCAUGCUUGUUUAACAAGAACUCUUAAACUGUAGCCUGAGUCCAAGUGAGAGGAUGUCUGACUUCCUAGACUAAGUGAUUUUAUUUUAUUGCUUUUGUCUUGUUUUAUACUGAACUAUUAAUACACUAUAGCAUACGCAAUAACCCUAUGAAUGAUAUUUGAAAAUAGAAUUCCCAUUAUAACAAAACAGCAAUAGAAGAAUGAAGAUUUUUGUUUCUGGUGAUAGUUAUGCCACAGAAAAACCUUGUGGUCAUAAGCAAAACAAUAUGUAUUGUCCAGGAUUAGCUUUUAAUUACAGUUCUGAUAGUAAACCAA